AUGGCAAGAACAAAAGGAAGAAUCGAAAGAACAACAAGCGCUAAGGCCGCAACUAAGGCUGUCAAGAACGUCAAUGUAGCGUUCAAAGCUGCGAAAAAAAUGUUAAGCAAGGACGCAACAAAGAAGAAGAGAGCACACCCAGGGGCAGUUGCUUUAACAGAGAUUAAGGUGUUGCAAAGAUCAACUGAAUUGUUGUUGAGAAAGGCCCCAUUCCAACAUUUGGUCAGAGAUAUCGCACAAAAUAACAAGUCCGACUUGAGGUUCCAAAGCGCCGCUAUUAGCGCUUUGCAAGAAGCAUCAGAGGCCUAUCUUGUUGGGCUUUUUGAAGAUACCAAUUUGUGUGCUAUUCAUGCUAAGAGAGUCACCAUUAUGCCAAAAGACAUGCAAUUAGCAAGAAGAAUCAGAGGUGAGAGAACAUAA